AUGAAACUACAGUUUUCCAAAUAUCAUUCACGAUUUCUAAAGAGUUGUGCACAGCUUGUUCAAGAGAUAUGGCCAUUGGAGGAUGAUUUAGUACACGCAUCUCAACCUCAUCAUUUAUUUUAUUACUAUGUAAGAAAUUGUGUCGAUAAUUCAACUUAUACGGAUUUAAUUGUUGAUGAGGAAAAUGAUGAGCGUAUUUUAGGUAUUCUGGUGGGCGAUCAUGAAAGCCAUAGAUCAUGUCGAUCAAUGAUAAAAAAUUUUAGAAACUGUGUAAUUUUAUAUAAACAUAUUCUUUGUGGUCAUCUUGGAAAACGUUUUGUUGCUUUGGAAGUUGUCGAUGAAAUGUCAACGAUCAGCAAACGUAUUGAGGACGAAUGUGAAGAGUUUGAUAGCGAAAUAAAUUUACUUGUUUUAAGCAAAGAUUUACAAGGAAAAGGCUAUGGACGUUUAUUAAUGGAGCGUUACAUAGAAUUUUGUAAAAAUGACAAAAACAUAAAAAGUAUUUUUGUUUGGAGUGAUAUCUCCUGCAAUUAUAAAUUUUAUGAACAUUAUGGUUUUCGUUUAUACAAACAGUUUUACGAUGAUCGACUUACAGCACAUGAUGAUAAUAGAGAAGAUAAACCAAAUGCAUUUAUAUAUUACAAAAUCUUAACAUAA